ACACACGGUGUUGGCGGGCCGGCCGCUCUAGGCUCGUUGUCAGCGGCACCGCAGAGUCCGCGUCGUAGGGGAGACGUCUUCGCGCGCGCGGACUGCUUGGGACGCCCGGUGCGCGUUGUGGUUAGUUUCUAGCCUGACCUCUCUGCCUCCUUCCUUGGCCCUCACCGGAACAACAGGAAGUUCCAGAAUAUCUCGGCGAGGUGGAUAUUUUUUUGAGGGCGAGGCGGGCGCGGAGGAAGGACAGAGGGUAAAAGGAGCAGCUGCUUCUCCUCGCGCUGUGUCGCGGCGUGGCGUUCUCCGUCUCUCUCCAGAGCGUAUCUUCCCUCUGCGCACCUACUCUCUCUCUCUCUCUUCACAGGGGGAUGCAGGGGCUAGGCUCGCGGCGUGUUGACUUAGCGACUCACGUCACGGCCGGACGCUGAAGACUUCCGCGUCGCGGAUCACCCCUCCAUCCCUUGCUUUUACCCUCCCUUCUUCAAACCUUUUUUACUCCAGAGCUUCCCCUCCUCAGGUGAGAACCUUUCUCCCUCCCGAUACCCAAAACUCUCCCUCCGUAAACGUUCAGUUGGGACUGGCACCACCGCCGCCCGCGAAAAGCGCCGGAGAAAAGAGCGCGCGAUGACAAAAAAAGUGACGCCGGGCUAGCGCGUGCGUGGACGCGUGCGUGUGUGCUGUGUGGUGCGCUGCUUAUAAUUUGAAUACUAAAAAAAGGGGUGCAGGGUAAGAAGUGAAAAAUAUACAUACAUACAAGGUGGACGGGAGCGAGAAGGGGAGAAGUGCGUGUGCUGCCAUGAAGGCCGGUGCGUGAUGGUGGAAAGGCGGUUGCCAUGACGAUGACGACAACAAAAGUCUUCCUGUGCACGCUGACGGUCCUGCUGUUACACGUCACCUGCCGCUCGCUCGACCUGGAGUCGUGCAACUCGCCCCUGGGCAUGGAGUCCGGCGCCAUCCCGGACGCCGACGUCACGGCCAGCUCCGCCUACGACUCGGGGAUCGUCGGUCCGCAGCACGGCAGGCUGCGGCACGACAAGAACGGCGGCGCGUGGUGCCCCAAACACAUGGUGACGCCCGAGGCGCGCGAGUACCUGGAGGUGGACCUGGGCUCCCUGCAUGCCGUCACCGCCACGCAGACGCAGGGCAGGUUCGGCAACGGCCAGGGCAAGGAGUACGCCGAGGUGUACAUGCUGGACUACUGGCGGCCCGGCGCCGCGCGCUGGCUGCGCUGGAAGGACCGCGGCGGCAAGGAGUUCAUCCCGGGCAACACCGACACCUACACCAUGGUGGAGCAGAAGCUGGACCCGCCCGUGCUGGCCUCCAGGCUACGCUUCGUGCCUUUCAGCGAGCACAUGCGCACCGUGUGCAUGCGCGUGGAGAUCGUCGGCUGCAGGUGGCCAGAGGGGCUGCUGAGCUACUCCAUGCCGCAGGGCGUGCAGCGCGGCGCGGACAUCGACCUGUCGGACCGCACGUACGACGGCCGCGAGGAGGCGGGCCACCUGAGCGGCGGCCUGGGCCAGCUGGUGGACGGCCGCCGCGGCCAGGACAACUUCCGCCUCGGCAAGGGCUACGAGUGGGUCGGCUGGAGGAACGACACGGCGGGCAUGGUCGGGCGGCCCGUCGAGGUCCUGUUCGAGUUCCAGAAGGUGCGCAACUUCUCGGCCAUGUACCUGCACACCAACAACUUCUUCUCCAAGGACGUGCAGGUGUUCUCCCACGCCAAGGCCUACUUCAGCAUCGGAGGCCACCAGUUCUCCGGCGAGCCGGUCAUCUUCUCGUACAUGCCCGACGUGGUGAUCGAGCAGGCGCGCAACGUCACCAUCAAGCUGCACCACCGCGUGGGCCGCUUCAUCCGCCUGCACCUCUACUUCGCCGCCAAGUGGAUCAUGAUCAGCGAGCUGUCCUUCGACUCGGUGCCGCUGUCCGGCAACUUCUCGGAGGAGGAGGCGGCGGAGGGCGGGCAGCGGGACCAGCACGCCGGCGGCAGGGAGUACCCGCUGCAGCGCGACGAGGUGCACACGACGCCGUCGCGCGACGACCGCCGCGGCCUCGCGGCCUCCGCGCCCGGCGAGAAGGGCGGCCGCGGCGCCGGCGCCGGGGACCAGCGCCAGCACAUCGGCCUGGUGAUCGGCGUGCUGACCGCGGUGAUCCUGCUGCUGUCGGCCGCCAUCCUGUUCAUCGUGCUGCGCAACCGGCGGCUGCGGGCGGCGGCGCGCGGCGUCGCGCCAGGGGCCUUCGUGGCGGGCGAGAAGGGCGUCACCAUCAACAUGAAGGAACUGCAGAUGCGGGUGAACGUCAGCGCUAACGGCGAGGUGUAUGGCCAGGUGUCGAUGGACGACUGCCCUGCCUCCGGCGGCGGGGAGCUGGACAAGGGCUCGCUGUACCACGAGCCCUACCACCACCUCAACACCUACUCGGGUCCCGCCAAGGGCGACCUGCUGCGCCAGCCCGCCAGCCCGGACUACACCGAUGUGCCAGACAUAGUCUCCCAGGAGUACGAGGUGCCACAUAUCAACGUUAGCGACAGCCCCCCGCCCCCCUUCGCGGCGCCACCAGUCACGCCGGCCAGGACGCUGCCUCCCUUGAGCAACAUAUUCCCCAAACCCCCACCCGUCCCCCCACCUCCUGAGAAAUAUUACGCUGCCACCGAAAUUUGUAAGACUGCACCCCAGCUCCCUCCUCCGCCUCAGCUCUCACCACCAAUCAUCAUGCCGCUAGUGUCCAGCGUACAAGGGGUCUCUGCGGUCACGAAGUUCACGGCCUCUGGCUGUCCCGACAAGUACGUGCCCGGGGUCGCGGACGAUGGUGAAGAGCCCUUGCUCUCUGUGUUUCCUAGGGAUCAGCUGUGCGUGCUCGAGAAACUAGGCAACAGGAAGUUUGGGGAGGUUCAUCUAUGUAAAGUUGGUCUGCCUAACUCUGUUGAUGUUAUCAGCAGUAGUGACAGCAAACUUGUAAUAGUGAAAUCAUUAAGGAUAGGCUCAUCAGAGUCUACAAGGUGUGAGUUUCGAACGGAAGUUCAGUGCCUAGCAAGACUGCGUGAUCCGAACGUUGUUAGGGUACUAGGAGUUUGUCUACAAGAUGAACCUCUCUACAUGGUCAUAGAAUAUUUGGAGUUUGGUGAUCUCAAUCAGUUCCUCCAAGAACACAUAGCGGAAACUGCGUCGCCACUGCCACGAAACGUUGAAACGCUGAGUUAUGGCUGCCUUAUAUACAUGGCAACUCAAAUAUCCUCCGGAAUGAAAUAUUUGGAAUCACUGAAUUUUGUGCACCAGGACCUUGCAACAAGAAAUUGCUUGGUUGGCAAAGGCUACACUAUUAAAGUGUCUGACAUUGGAAUGGGCAGGAGCAUGUAUGCUGGAGACUAUUGUGAGUUAGAAGGACGAGAUGUGCUUGUGCCUCUAAGGUGGAUGGCAUGGGAAAGUAUUUUGCUGGGGAAGUUCACAACCAAAAGUGAUGUGUGGUCUUUUGCAGUAACACUGUGGGAGAUCCUUACCUUUGCCAGGGAACAGCCUUUUGAAGAUCUCAGUGAUGUAAAGAUUGUGGAAAAUGCCACUCAUUUUUAUCAAGAUGAUGGACAGCAGAUGUUUCUUCCAAUUCCAAUCAGCUGUCCACGGGAGAUAUACGAUUUGAUGUGUGAAUGCUGGCAGAGAAAUGAAUCUGAUCGGCCUAACUUCCGUGAAAUUCACUUAUUUCUCCAACGAAAAAAUUUGGGUUAUAAGCCAGAAAUGGACUGAAGGAUCUUUCACAAGAUAGUAUUUAUCCCUACAUCUACUUGUAUUGUUUGGCCACUGGCAUUUUGGGAUUGGGCAAGUGCAUUUAAAUUAUUGUGAUAGACAAAUAUUUCAUAAAAUUGGCAUUAUUAGGCUACUCAAAGAAAGACAAAUUGUUUGGAAGUUGUAAUAUAAUUGCUGUGGUAUUAUGCAGUGUAUAUAAUUAUUAUUUUUGCACUUCAAACCUCUUAUUUUUACAUCUUGCUGAUAUCUCGGAUAUUUUCAACGGAUUGAUACUGCUUCUGGAGUGUAAAAUAAACAUGUUAAUUUAUUGAUUGAGAAGAAGGGAUCAAGAUAUGUUGUCAUAAUCGCUUUAAAAGAAAAUCGUUUGUUAGUGUUGUUAUAAAGUAGUUCCUUCUAUUGAUAAAAGACUAGGAAGAGUGUGCCUAACUUGUGUCAAUAUAGUGCAAACUGUAACAAUAAUGUAUCAUAAUGUGAGAAUAAUUUUAUGGCGAGAAUUGAAGAAAAUUGUAAAUGAUAUGUACCAUUAUGUACAAAAUGCCUUUACAUAGCACAUGACAGGUUUCCUUUACUGGUAUAAUUUAUCUACCAAUAAAUUUAAACAAAACAUAAAUGCAUGACCUCACAUUUUAAGUUUUAAGUACUCUAUGUUUAUUGUUGACAUUUGGAAAGCAAUUGUGGUGCCUUUUCACUUACUGUCAAACAUGAUGGUGAUAUUAAUUUUUUUUUCCUAAUAUUCAAUUUAUCAUUAUUUUUGUAUACAUUGUUUAUUAUUUUGUAAAUUUUGUAUCUACUGCUAAGGACACAGGGACAGGCCUAGAAAUCCAAGGGGCAGAGAACACCAAAUUAAUUGAAAUUUGAAUAUUUUUUUUGUUAAUAAAUUAAAAUAUGUACUAUAAACAUAGUAUUUUUUUAUAUUUUCAUACAAGAAAGGUAAAUUAUAAAAAAACAUCUAAUAAAUUUCACUACAUAAUAUUGUUCAUUUAGCGAUGUUAUAACAAACUAUCAGUAAUUAUUUUUUACUGUCAUGAACAGAAGUUGUCAGAUCACUAUUUAGUUCAGAGACUUUACUCAAACUAUUUUUUAUAACUUAACAAUUCAGUAAAUACUAUAAGUACACUAAAUUAUUAACUAUGGUUUUUAAGACUAUUCAAAUUCAGUGAUAUAAAUAUUUAUAAUAUUUAUUUAUCUUGUGGAUUCUUAUAAGAAAACAAGAUUGAGGUUCAGUGGAAUGGAGUUAGCCCGAGGACUUCUGGGCUCACCUACUCUGUUCCUAGCUACUGUAAUGAGCAUAUAAUUAGUGGCAAUUCCUUAGAACUUAACUUUUCAAAGAUAAUUAAUUUUAAAAACUAGAAAUCAGUUUUCCGAACUGAGGCACAUAAUUUGAGUGUGUUACGUGUUUAUGUUGUUAUGUUAAUUAACAAUUUUUCAUCAAGUAUAUCUCUUACAAAUUAAAUGUCAGAAAUAUUGAAGUGAAACUUCUUUGGGCACAAUGGGGGUAAAAUUCCAUGCAACGAUUUUGUGAAACAUUGUUUGGAAUCAUUUUUGAAGUAAAAAGGAUGGUGAAUAGGUUGCGGACGGUGCACAGAACUUGUCGGCCCCCGUUCCCUUGAGCGGGCUCCACAUGGUGGUGUGCGGCUCAGGGUCGUAACCAUCCCGUCUUUAGGGAGUAUUUGGGCAGAGGGCAACACAACGGGGUUUGUGCUUAUUGUUGUGUACCGCGCCACGCGCCAUAUUCACAAGUAAAUGGUGUUUUUUCAAGUACGUAUUAUUUUAAUUACUUGUGUAAAUUGUAUUGUUAAACAGUGUUAUAUGAGUAUUGUUUUAGCUGUGAAUCUAAAUAACUUUGGAAGUGAAACUUUUUUGGGCUUAAUGAGAGUAAAAUUUCAAGACCAAAUAUUAAAGCAACGUUUUCAUGAAACAUUGUAGUGAAAAAUUUCUGAUGCAAAAAGAAAA